UGGCGUGGCGGCGGCGGGAGGCUGAGCCCGGGCCCGCGCGCAGGCGCUACCUGGCGGCCGUGAGCCAGCCGCGGCGUCGGCGGUGACGCCCGCCCGAUGCGGGCCGGGGCUCUGCGGGGUAGAGCGGACGCUGCGCCCGGGCCGCGGGCGGGGUAGGGGGCCGACGGCCGCUCGCCCGCGCGCGGUGGACGCGGCGGCGAUGGACGCCCUAGAGGAAGAGAGCUUCGCGGUGUCCUUCUCUUCCGCCUCUGAUGCAGAAUUUGACGCGGUGGUUGGAUAUUUAGAGGACAUUAUCAUGGAUGACGAGUUCCAGUUAUUACAGAGAAAUUUCAUGGACAAGUACUACCAGGAGUUUGAAGACACGGAAGAGAAUAAACUCACCUACACACCUAUUUUUAAUGAAUAUAUUUCUUUGGUAGAAAAGUAUAUUGAAGAACAGCUGGUGGAGCGGAUUCCCGGGUUUAACAUGGCGGCUUUCACAACAACUCUACAGCACCAUAAAGAUGAGGUGGCUGGGGACAUAUUCGACAUGCUGCUCACCUUUACAGAUUUCCUGGCAUUUAAAGAAAUGUUUCUGGACUACAGAGCAGAAAAAGAAGGCCGGGGGCUGGACUUAAGCAGCGGUUUAGUGGUGACUUCACUGUGCAAGUCCUCGUCCGUGCCAGCUUCCCAGAACAGUCUGCGGCCCUAGGGCCACCUCCAGCAACAGGGUCUUGCUGAGCGUCACCAGCCCGAUAGACUGGGAGAGGCUUCGCUGAUGAUGACAGAAGAACCACCUUGGAAAGACAGACUGUGUUCUGUAACCAGCUCUUCCUUAGCGUUAAGUAUUGAUGAGUCAAAAAGAAAGUCCCCUGCCCCUCCUGGGACUGGUUCUCCUGAAACGCCUUCCUGUGCUCAGUGACCCGAGUCAUCCUCCCCGGGUGGACCCUCUCUCAGGCUUGCUCGAGUCGGACUCCUGUGGAGCAGGCCCAAGCCGGGCCUUCCUCUGGGCCCUUCCCCAGCACACAUGUUGCUGUGUCAGCGUUUGCAGGAGCCCACCAUCACCAGCCCUGUCUGGCCCACCAGGCUUCUCGUAUGUGGCCGAGUUUCGGGCCUGCGGCCUCAGUGGGGUUUCAACCAUUGGAGAGCGUUUAUCUAGGGUCUUACUCAAGCCAAUGCCCGUCUGGAGAUUUCUGAAGCUCCUGCCCUCCCAGCUGAUCCUGGCUGUAGGAAUCACCCGAGAGAGUGUCCUUCACCUAAACGCUCCAGGGAAAGCCACUUCCUAGUCUGACAUUUGCAGUCUCUAUCACUGUCUUCUGUUGGUUCUCCUGUAGUCCCACUGUUUCUAGAAUUCUCUUUUAAGCAUUUUUGAAAAAGUAUUUUUAUAGAUGAAUACUCAGGCUCACCUAGUGGAUAUAAUCUUGGAACUUCCAUGAUUACCCACUUAAAGAUCAAAGUAUUAUAUGCUGUGUGCUUGCUAUUCGUGAGUGCUGUGAAAGCAGAAGUGCUUUCUGUGUGGGCGUCCUGGCCUCCUGGGCCCCCACGGACGUGCUGAUGCAGGAGGAGACACGGUGGUCCCGUCUUAGAGCAUGUUCAGUGUGCAUGUUUGCUUAAACCCUGCCCGUGUCGCUGCUUCCUCAAGUUUUCUUUUGGGCGGGGGCUCUGCAGUUCCUUCCUGUCAGUGUUCGUGCCCAGAUGAUGCUCCGCUGCCCAGCUCAGCACGAGCGGGCGAGCAGACAGCUUCACUGCUCCUCUGUCUGCUUUCGUUUAGUGCAACGUCUGAUAGACCAUUACCGACCAGAAACAUGGAUGUCACAUCUCUAGAAAGAAGAAAAAACAUAGUAGUUCCGUUCCCAGUAUGUACCUUAGAUUUUUUUUUUUUUUUUAAGUAAAAAUAAGAAUCUGUCCUGACUUUUCACUUGGCUGUUCUGGUUUUAAAGGAUGAGCUGUAGGCUGUGUUUUCCUGUACUAAUGUGGCGCUUAUUAAAUACUUUUGUACCAGGAGUAAAACCGGAGGUGUUUUGCAAGAACCAUCAUUCUAAACCA